CUUACGAUUGGAUGUACACCACGCCUGCAGUGCUACCCUAUGGAUUUCAUGUCUGUAUUAUCAUCAAUAUUUGCUUGAAUAUUACCUGGUUGUUCCUGUUUGACAGAGAGUUGUUGCUGCCAAUGCUGAUAAUCUCAGCUUUGAUUAUGAUCACCAAUUACAUGAUUCUCUUUUUCACCUGCCAUGGAAUGAAGAUCUAUGGAGAGUGGUUACAUAAACAUCGAAACGGAGACCUGUGGCUCAUCAGAUUACUGGUGCAAAAUGGAGUAGCAGUGUAUGCAACAUGGGGUGCUCUCGCCACUCUGCUCAACCUGACGAUAUACUUACAGCAUCAGACGGAUACAUUAAGAUGUGACUGUGCCAUGCUAGCGCUGGGGCUUCUUCUGAUGCAGCUGUUAACAUGGUUCUUUUUGGAGAACUUCUACCUUGACAAACAUGUUCGUUAUAUUGUGACCACCUACCCUGUGGUGUUCCUGUGGUUGACUGGUGUCCUAACCAACUCCAACUCCAACUCUCUUCAAAGUCCGAUUUACAUCUUUGUAGCUUCGAUCCUGGCUCUUACCUUCAUCAUGUUUGUGGCACGUGUUGCUCUGGUCAGGUGGAAACAUCAAAAUCGACCAUUUUACAGUGACAGUGGCCCCCCUAUGUCACCAGUAGAAAUAGCCUUGACACAGAGAAAAAUCUUUCUAUGAAUAAAAGCUACAGGUCACUUGGUUUUCCUCAUCAGGGUUCUUACUCUUGAUGGCAAUCUCAGGCAAUUUCAAAUGUUCUGUAGUUGUACUCCAGUAAGUUCCAGACUGAAUGUGUGAAUACUGUAAAUAUAAAACUAACCUCACCCCUCA